AUGACGACUAGAUUACACAAAGUAUUGUACAAGACAACCAGCUAUUUACAGAGGUCAACAUGCGGCCAACAUGGGAACGACGUGGGCGACUGGGCAGCCGACAGGACAUGGACGUGGGCGAGGUGGGUGGGCGAAGAGGACGGGGGCGAAGAGGACGGGGGCGAAGAGGACGGGGCGAAGAGGACGGGGGCGUGGGCGAAGUGGUCCCUCGGCGCGACGCACGUCAUCGACCACGCACUCCCCAUCCCCGAGCUCCUCGCCGCGGUCUUCGCCGCCGCGUCGAGCGCGCCGAUGUUCUUCGCGUACGACGCGAUCGGGAUGGAGAACACGCAGCGGCUCGCAUACGCCACGCUCGGCGACCACGGCGGCUUCGUCUCGGUGAUGCCGCGCGCGGGCCCCGAGGUCCUCGCGCCAGUGCAAAGGGAGGGCGACGGGAAGCCCGUCGUGCGGCCGUUCGCGAGCUUCCAGAUGCUGCCGAACCAGGUACUGGGCGUCGGGGUGGACAAGCGGCUGACGGGGUGGCUCGCAGAUGGGACAGCGAAGCCGAACCGGGGUGAGUGGACGAGAAGUCAGCACGUGGAAGUGGAAAGAUAG